UAUACUUCUAUCGAUUUCAUUUGCUCACCUGUGACGACUAAUCAUUCGUCAGUGACGUAAACUUUAGAUUCUAAAGGAUAUCUCGGCACAUGAAUCAAAACUUCCCCUCAACCUGUUGUGAUUUGUAUUCUUUCUCGGACCUCCGGGUAUGGAGGAGGCUGAGAGUCCGCCUGUGGUCAAGGGUGCUCUCAUACGCUGGCGCUGGAGAAAAGUCCUCAAAGAUCACAGCAGCAUAAAUGACCUUCGUCCUGUCCUACUGAAGAAGAAUGAAACUCAGUUCAAAAAGAGCCUGGAAGUUAUUAAAUCUCAGAAGCCGCCACCUGAGUCCAUCCACUGUUCAAAUUCAGGACAGACUAGACACAAGGCUUGUGUGAAAAAUGUGCCAUGUGCUGGCCGAGCACUCAGGAAUGCUUGCUUAUCCACUGGCCAGGAUAACUGGAAAGCACAUAUUAAACUGGCAAGAAUCAUCAGGAGGACAUAUAUCGGUCUGGAGCUGGUGGAAUGGCUGAUGGAUCACUGUGAAUUUAUACAGAACAGGGCAAUAGCUUCCAGAAUCUGGAACAUUCUCCUGGACUUGGGCAUUUUGCUCUCAGUGGAGCAGCAGGAUGGAUUCAAGGACUCUAGGUCUUUGUACCAGUUCACUUUUGAAGAAUGUGAGGCUCAGAGCUGUGAUUUCAGAAACCAGGCCAACUGGCAGAGUGCAGUGCAUCUGCUCCUGCAACAGCUGCCUCACGUUCAGCUCCGAGCUGGAACCCACAGAUGCUGUACAGAAAACACACCGAAAACUUCAGAUGUUUGUAAUUCUGUUCUUCAAAUGAGAGCAUUGGAGCAUCUCACCUCAACGGUGCAGAAUGAACUUCUUGUGGCUCUGGCUCGCAAGGCAAGGACUAAAUCAAUGAUCGAGACGAGCAGUCCAGAGCAAAAUACAGACACCCCACCACCUUCUCCAAGUCCUGCUGAGCUCAAGCAGGGCCCUGGAGUGGGUUCACAUGAUAGAGAGGACAUCAGACGAUUGGAGAUGGUCCAGAGAUUGGCCAAGGACGGAUGCCGCCUUUUACAUGGCCCACUCAGAGCUACUGAAAGGCCCGCCGAGCCCCCCGGUGACGCAGCAGUCCGUGUGUGCGAGCGAGAGCGGACCCACGAGGUGCUGCUUCCUCAGAGGACAACGUCACCCAGAUCUCCCCCCUCCCUCAUCUCCUCCUCCUCUUCAACCAGGAGGUACGCCGCGGUGCCCGCCACCCCUGAGAAGGUUCUGGAGCUCCUACUGGGCCACCUGAGGCUGGACGGAGAACAGAGGAACCCGCAGAGCAGAGAGAGAGAGAAUCUGUUGGAUGACUUCCUGCUCACGUACCCUGUGUUCAUGUCCACCAGUGACCUGUGCCAAGCAUUACUUGCACACUAUUGUUUAAAAAAAGGACAGAUGAAAGAAGAAGGGAGUGAGACUCUGCUCAGGAAGCGAAAAGUCCUGCACCUGCUCUCCCAGUGGAGCUCGCUGUGCACAGACCUGCCGCAGGAUGACGAGCACGCCAAACUGUUCCUCAAGACCCUGUACAGAUAUGUUCUAGAUGAUCUUUAUGAGUUCCCCUUCCUGGAGAAGGAUCUCAAAGAACUUCAGAAACUUCUGCGGAUGCAACGCAGACACACUGUAGAUGAGUACUCUCCGCAAAGCAAGAAUAAAGCUCUCGUCCAUCAGUUGAGUCUGAAGGAGAGUUGGCACCCCAUGAGAGGAGCUCAAAGGGAGAGAAAGGAAGUGCUGUGUCGUGUGUACGUGACCAUAGACUCAUACGUGAGUGUAAAGACACACAGUGAGGUGUGUGUGCAGGAACUGCUGGGGACUGUGGCAGAAAGGCUCGACUGCCCUGAGGAUGACAUGGUGCUUGUCGCUGUCACAUAUACUGCAGAUAAGGUUCUGCUUCAGUCUGAUCAGUGUGUAUUCUCAGCUUCACUCAGUGCUGCUGACAGGCUGCACGUUUGCAGAAGAGACCUGACUGAGAUCAUGAGUCCCUUCACCGAUAACGGUCAGCUGCAGCAGCGGUCAGUGAAGAUGCUGAGCAUGAACACAUGGGAUGUAGCCGUAUCGCUCACCAACUGUGACUGGAGUCUCUUCAGGAACGUCCAUGAGCAAGAGCUGGUGUAUUUUACACUGAGCCGCGAUUCAAGCACUAGCCACACGGUGGCGCUGGAGCAGCUGUUACAGCGCUGUAAUGAGACUCAGCAGUGGGUGAUGACUGAAGUGCUUCUGUGUCCGACCCUCUGCAAACGUGUGCAGCUCUUCAAGAAAUUUAUCAAGAUCGCAGCACACUGUAAAGCACAGAUGAACCUGAACUCAUUUUUUGCUAUCAUUAUGGGAUUGAACAGUCCAGCUGUCAGUCGACUCACUCAGACAUGGGAGAAAGUCCCUGGGAAGUUCAGGAAGCUGUUCUCCGAGCUGGAGAGCCUGACAGACCCUUCUUUAAACCACAAAGCCUACAGAGAUGCCUUCAGGAAGAUGAAAUCUCCCAAGAUCCCAUUCCUACCUCUGCUUCUGAAAGAUAUUACCUUCAUUCAUGAGGGCAACAAAACCUUUCUCGACAACCUGGUUAACUUUGAUAAGCUACACAUGAUAGCAGACACAGUGCGGAUUAUAAGGCAGUGUCGGACAAAUCCUAUGGGAAACAUGCUGUCCCAGAAGGACAGUGUAGAGGUGAGAACAUACAUCAACUACCUGCACGUCAUCGACAAUCAACAGAUCCUCUUUGAGCUCUCACACAGACUGGAGCCCAGGACAUAGAACAACUCAACACAUGGGUCCCAAUCCACUUCUGAAAGAGAGAAGGAUAUAACUGCAGGCAGAGAUCCAAAAAGUGGUGGGAGCUCCAAACUAACAGCAAAGAUUUAGUGAGACCCUAACCAAACUCUUUCCCUAACCCUAACCGUGAGUGGAAGUGACACCCCUUUUGGAGUUGCCACAUCCCACUUUUAGAGUAACCAUGCCCUCUUUUGGAGAUUCCACCCCCUUUUGGAGAUCUCUGGCCUGCAGCUAUACCUACUUGAAAGAGAGAGGACAAAAUGCUCCCUCUAACUGAAGCUGUGAUGAUCAAGUCAUCCACCAGGGGGUGACACACCCACAUCAACCUCAAAGACCAGAGGCAGAGAGUAUUGCACAGCCAAAGAAAUCUGUCUCUCUGCAAGUAAUAGUACACAAGUACACAGGUAAAAGGUAUAGUUCACCCCAAAUUGGAAAUGCAUUUAUCAUUUACUCACCCUCAUGUUGUUCCAAACCUCUAUGACUUUUUCUGCAUGGAAGAAAGUAAGUCAUAAAGGUUUGGAACAACAUGUUGCUGAGUAAAUGAUGACAGCAUUUUCAUUUUUGGGAACUAUCCCUUUAAGUUAUGUGAAGAAACUGAAUCAUGCAAAACUGUGAUAUGUAAAAUUGGCUUCUGAAAGAGCAAGACAUCUGCAAAACAGCUACAACAGGUAUGAACAAUUAAAAUGAUCCAGUAUUCUAUAAGUUACAGUAAAAACACAUAAUGUUGGGAUUCCAGGUGGUGUUUUUGUACAGUGCUUUUUAACUCAGUAGUUUAGAACAGAAUGUUAGUAUUUUGAUCCGGUCCACAAACUGUAAAAACAUAUAAUUUCUAAAGUAAUUUAGAACCAUAGGAGUUUUAUUUAAUUAAUUUUUUUUGCAUAUACAUAUAUGGGAAAAUCAUGGGUACAUACUCAUAAUUUGAGCUACAUGCACAAAUCACAAAACAGUGUAAUUCUAACUAUUUGUAGACAAUCAGAAAAAUAUGCCAAUCCAGCACACUGUAUUUAGGUACAGCAUUGCUACAACAAGCAAUAGUAGAAGUCUAGAAUUAGUAGAAACAGUGGUGAUCUUUUGCUGGACUUUACUAAUAAUAUACUAUAAGAACAUCUUAAAUCAAACCUUGAAAUAAUACAUAUCUUAAAAAUAAAUCCUGUACUGUAGGGCAGGGAUUUUCAAACUGGGGUCCUGCUAGGGGGUCCGUGGAAAAUAAUAAAAACAAAAAAAUUAAAACGUGUAAAAAUGUUAAAAAAAAAAACACCAAAACAAAAGAAUUUGACACUGUUACUGUUUCAUUCUGCUUUCUGAAGACUGGUUGGAAAUCAGAAGAUUUUUAUGAUUAUUUUAUUCUAUUGACAGCCCUAGUUUUAACUAUUAGAAAUAAUAAUAAUAACAAAUCUGCAUAUAGGUUUGUGUUAAAAAUAUUUAUUGAACCUUUAACAGUCACCUUUAGCUUGCUCACUGGGUGUUAUUAGACCAUAAUUUCAGUAAAGGUGCUCUGGAAUAAUAUUUAUUGUGAAAGCGCCAUAAAAAUCAUUUGAAUUUAAUUGAAAAUGUAUCUCUUAAAGGAAUAAUCCGGGUUCAAUACAUGUUAAGCUCCAUUGACAGCAUUUGUGGCAUGAUAUUGAUUACCAUAAAAAUAUAUAUUGACUCCUCCUUUUCUUUAAAAAAGGUAAAAUCGAGGUUCCAGUGAGGCACUUACAAUAGAAGUGAAAGGGUUAAAUUUUGGAGUGUUUAAAGGAAGAAAUGUGAAGAUUAUAAUUGUAUAAAAGCACUAUUCUUCUGUUGAAACUCAUGUAUUAUUUGAGCUGUAAAGUUGAUUAAAUCAUCAUUUUUACAGUUGUUUCAGGGUUUGUUGACAUUACAAAGAAAUUUGAUAUAACUUUAGACAGUAAAGGUUAGUAAGUGAUUUUAUCACACUAAAAUUAUGUUAACACGCAUAGUUUUUAUGUCUUGUGGCUAUACUUCUGAAACAGUGAGUAUUUUAAUGUUUAUGGAUUGGCCCCAUUCACUUCCAUUGUAAGUGCCUCACUGGAACCCAGAGUUUUGCUUUUUUUUUUUCAAGAAAAGGAUGGAAAAGUCCAAAAUUAUUUUUUGUGGUAAUAAAUAUUAUGCCACAAAUGCUGUCAGUUGAGCUUAACUUGUAUUGAACCGGGAAUAUUCCUUUUAGGCUUCUACACAAUUGACCCCUGCUGUAGGAAACCCAGAGUCUUGUAAUAGGUUUUAAUGUGUUGGUUUACAUGCUUGAUCAGGUUCACUAUACUGUAAUUCUGUUAUAACUUAUUUUGCAAACCAUUAUAGAAAUAAUUAAACAAAACUUCAGGACUUUAUUGGAGAAGCCAAACUGCUUUACCCCUGACAGAGCUCAGAAAAAAAACAAGUGUAUAGAUUUUGUUGUACAAUGUAUAGUUGUACUUGUGAGAAAUAUUUAUUAAACAAUAGAUUUUUUUCCUGAUUCAGUGGGGAAUAAGACACAUCAGUUGUAAACACAAAGAAAAGAUGUAAUGUUGUACUGUAUAUGUGAUUAGAUGGACUGAAACAGUGACGUGCACAGACUUUAGCAGGGACAAGCUCAGAAGGAUAAAAAAGGGCACUGUUUUUUUUUUUUUUUUUUUUUUUUUUUUUUUGAAUGAGUAGUAAUUAUAUAUACUUAACUAAUUCCUUUGCUUUGAGUAUUUAACCAUUUUCUUGUAUAUACAGUACAUACUGUACAUAAUUUUGUCCCACUUUUCCUUUAUCACAAAUAAUAGCCUAUUCUGUUAUAUUUCUCACAAAAAACACCAUGGUAAUACACUUGUUUAUUUAUUUAUUUUCAGACAUGGUCUGUGAUAACCCCAUGUUUAUGGCAUGUGUCAUUGUAAAACCAUGGUAUUUUUUUAAAGUACCUUGGAGUGCCAUGACAGUAUCAUGAAAUAUGAACAUUGUCAAUCAGUUUCUUGUCUCAUCACUCUUUUCACUUUCUCUCAUCUCUACUCCCUCACUUCAUACUGUCAUCUCUGCUGAGUCCACUCUGACCACGUCAUCACCUUUAUAUAACUGACACUUCUUAUAUUACUUUCUCUUCAUUUCUUUUAAUAUUCAUAUAAAGAUAUUUUACUGUAUUCUGUCAUUAAUAUUUAUAAAUAUACAGGACCUUAACCCAAUAAUACGGCAGAACCAUGGUACAAUAAUGGUGUCAAGAUGGUACCAUGUUUUUUGAAUGGUUAUCAUGGUAGCCUACAUGUCCAAAAAAUGGUAAUGGUAUUUUUCUGUAAGUGACUAGUCUAAUGGCUUAUUAGUUUCAACAAAACCAAACUGGCUUUGGUUUUCAGACAGCUCCUUCAGUUUAUGUCAAUAUUCUAUAAAAGACUAAUUUAAUUUAUAUCACUGUAAGCGUCACAACCACUUCCAUUAUAACGAAUAAAUCUGUCUACACCGCAGGUGCGUGAUGUCGGAAAUGUGGUAGCAAUCGAGUAUUAUUCUUUAGAUGAAAUUACAACACAAAACAUGCAGUGGACAUUUUGUCUGACCUGUUACUCAUCUGAGGUAAUGGCUCUUCGAUGCUCUGGGGCAAAUUCAAAACUGCAUUUUUUGCUUCCUUGAAGGGCUCUGCUGCAGGAGGGGACGCCGCUUGAAAGCUCGUUCAAAACAAAAGUGAAAAAAAAUCUUUUCUCGAAGGGCACAAGACAGUUAGCAAAGGGUACAUUCACUCAGUAAUGCCAUGUUUCCUUCAGAAUACCCAGUUCAAGGGCUCUGCACUUUGGAGUGAGUAUAGGGCAUAGGGAGGAUCACUUGCAAUUGGAAUCCGCCCCCGAUUAAUAUCCAUUAACACGCCCGUGAUUUACAAAGAAAUCUCCUAAUAUUUAUUUGACUGUUUAACUUUUAAUUUCAUCAUUAAAAUUUCUCCCAUUUUUCUGGAUGACCAAAACGGCACCUUUAGAUUUGUGAACGAAAGGGGCAGGGGCUUUUGCCGUUCUGUGCACGUCACAGGUCUGAAGGAUUUGGCAACGCCAUUGAUUGACCAGUCUGAUUGUUAAUACAUGUGCGGUUCACAUGUAAACUCUGUAAAUACACAAAGAUGGAUUUUUUAAUAAAGAAUAAAAAAACAGGCCAUAAAGAAAUGGCAAGGUGUGCAUCUCACCUUCAGAAACAUAAUUUGUUAGCAGUGACUGACUGUAGCUGCUUUUUGCACUUUUCUUUGUCAAGAGCCUGACAUUAAA